UACGGACGUAUAUGAAACAUUUCGGUUGAGAAGCAUAACUCGGGGCAAUAGCAAUAGAGAGAACCUUUUUAUCUCGGUCAAGUUGGGCAAGAGCACAUUGUUGCUUAUGAACUCUCCUUAUGAAAUCUUUUUGGGAGACUCGUUGAAUUUCAACAUGGUAAAUAAUAUCUCCUAUUGUGAUUACAACAUCAGGCCUUACAGUUCCUUGCCCAUGCAGAUUACUAUGCAAAGAUGGAAAACCAGGAUCACCUAUAAAACUAUGCUCAUCUUUUAAAUCCAACAGUUGUACAUCCAAAUAUUGUUGUACAUGAAAAAGGAAAAGUUUCAAGAUGCUCUGAUCAUUUAUGAACACAACCCGAAACACCACAUCGUGGAGAGGACCAUGGUUUGACACAUUCUUAUCUUUCUUAUGACUUGGCCGCUUGGCACAUUUCCUUUUUGGUUUAUCCAUUAGUUGAUAACACAAAAUUCACGCAAAAUGACACUACUAUUCUACUUUAAGCCUAAAUAGCCAGAAAUGGGAUCAAGUCUUAACGAAUUCAGUUAAGGCAAAUUUUGAGAUCAAAAUUCAGAAGCACUGAUACCACAUGACCAGAGGCUUUUUCUAGGGACCAUUGAAAAAAUUAGUCCAAUUAUCUGGUAUUACUUUUCCACACAAGAAACAACUCAAAAGAUGGCAGAAAAUUCUCGCCAUCUAUCGGACUGGAACAUUUGUCUUAAACAGCUGGUGCUUUUUAGUGAUUGAAGAGCGAGAAUCUCGCUGUGCGUUUAAAAAUCUGUAAACACGACUAAUUGUUGGCCAUUAAGCUUGGUACCAAUGCUAGCAUGUAAAAAGGGCAACCAUUUUAAAAGAAAGUACAACAAAAAUGUGGACACUAAGAUUUGGUCAGAGCUUCAACUCUUCAAAAAAUACAAAUUCAACGAUGAUUACCUGGAUCCUCGGGAAUAUAUCGGAUUUAAGGGAAUAGUUGAAAAAAGACCUACCUUUUUUGCAGCUUUUAUUUCUUUGGUUAAUAAAGUGAUUCCAGCGGAAGAAUAUCAAAUCAAAUUUGAAGGAUCUUUGACAGCUCGUUGUGUUAAAAAUAGUUCAUUGGCGAUAUGUAAAUCCGAAAAUAGUAUUGAAAUCGUAAUUGAUUUCCGGAAAACUUUUUCCACUUAUGGACUAGAAGAUUUCCAAUAUGUUAUCGCUCUCAAUACAUCUUUCGAUUUCCCGGAUAUUCUAACCUUUGCGACUUUGAACUCAAAUGGAAAGAUCAAGACCGUGAAAAAAUUCAACUCAUCUUGUAAAAAUCGAUAUUAUUUCAUCAAUGUUGACAAUUGCACAAAUCUUGAAAGCCCAUUACAUAAGUUGGCAUCUGCUUUAUGUGAUCCGCAGAAAAUGUUCGAAGAAACGCUCAGGAGUAAAGAAAUUGGCUCAAUUAAACCAUGUCUAUCUACAAAAAACUGUUGGAUGCUUUUGAUCGAAGCUCAAAUCUGCCACAUAAAGGAAUCACAAGAUGAGCUUGAUCAAAUGGUUAGUUUAGGUAGAUAUUAUUUCAAAGUUAUUUCUUAAUGCUUUCGUUGUAAUUAAGAGAAUUUAAUCGCUUAAUCUUUUGAAAUUUAAUAAAGACAUUUUAUUUACA